UUUUUCGAAUUUGGACGAAUCGCAAGGUAAGCCCAACGAACAUUUGAAGAGGAUGGUUGUUCUAUUCUCCUAGGGGUAGCUUCUAUAUGUGAAAUUGUGGAAAGAUCUAUCGUCGUCUUACACGCUUUACACUUUGCUGAUAUUUUUUCAGCGGAGAGAAACGAAUGACACGAGAUGAAAAAGAUCGUGCAGUCGAAUUGAACGAAGGUGCGUGCCCUGGGUUGUGUAAGGCUUUAUGCUCUCCUUUUGGUUUUCAAGCGCUACAAUCCGGAUGAUACUCAUUUUCUAUCUUUCUUUUACGAAAAUCUUGUUAUCUUCUUCAUUAACUUGGCAUGUGUUUUCUUGAUGCACAGAGUUUGGUGAAUUUGCCGAAAAGCGAUUACAAUCGGGAGGCAGCUGCCAUAGAUCAGACGUCGUCAAAUCAUUCCGACGAUAUUUUGCCAAAUAUCGACAGGCUGAUAGUCAACAGUACCCAUUGACAGACUUGGAGAUUGAGAAGCUGCUUCGAUUUUGGAACGAAACGCAAAACGAGAGAAAGGCCGAAAUGACUUCCAGCGGGUUCUAUUAUGGUAUUCAGAUUAAUUCCGAUGCCGACGUCUUUGCAUAAAGCAGCUAGCCAUAGGGGUGAAGAUUGACGAC